AGAGAUACAGCAGAGAACGACGUCGUUUGCUGAUCGGAGACUUAAAUCUGCUGGCGAAGAAGAUUUAACUCUCGCUCAGUUAUCCCACACUCCUAUAUUCAAGCCUUCUUCUUCGGUCUAUCUCUUCUUCUCUCUCUCGCUUUCUGUUUGGUUACCUGGAAUUUGAAAGAAAACAAUAGAAACUAUAGGAAAUAUGUUAGAUCUCCUAUUUGUAGCUGUAGGAUUUUUCAAAAAAAAAAAAAAUCUUUAGAAGGUUCCAUACUUUCUUUGCUCUAUUGAUAAUAAUUUUCAUUGCAUUUUUUUUUAACUUUUGCGGGGAAAAAAGAAGAAAGCGAAGAGGUUAACUGAGAGAAAACAGAAGCGAAUGAAGAGUCAAUCCGAAUCCAUAAUUGAACAUUCUCAGAUUCUGAAGGGAAGCUAAGAAGCUCUAAGAAAAAUAAGAGUGUAGAUGAUGGAAAAUGCAACCCUGAAAUUAAGUCACCAGCUAUGAUUCGGGCAGAGGAGGUUCAAUCAAACCUAGAACCUGAAUUUCCCAGUUUUGCAAAAUCUUUGGUCAGAUCACAUGUUGGAAGCUGUUUUUGGAUGGGGCUUCCUGGGAUGUUCUGUAGAGUCCAUUUACCAAGGAAAGAUACCACAAUCACUUUGGAAGACGAGAGUGGGCACCAAUUUCAUGUAAAAUACUACGCUCAUAAAACGGGAUUGAGUGCUGGUUGGAGACAGUUUUGUAGUGCCCAUAAUUUGCUCGAGGGUGAUGUUUUGGUCUUCCAGUUAGUUGAACCAACCAAGUUCAAGGUAUACAUAAUAAGGGCAAAUGAUUUGACUGAAUUGGAUGGGGCCCUUGGCCUCCUAAAUUUGGAUGCUCAUACAAAACAAAGUGAUGCAGAUGAUGCAGAAAACGAUACAACGGUCUUUAGAAGUACAAAGAGGAAACGUCCAAACUCUCUUCCACUAGCUGAUGUUCAAAAGAAGAAUAAGAGAUCUGGCCUACAGAGAUUGGCUUGUAAUAUUGGGAUGCUGGCAGAGCAAUCUAAAAAUGCUCAUACAAAACAAAGUGAUGCAGAUGAUGCAGAAAGAGAUACAACGGUCUUUAGAAGUAUAAAGAGGAAACGUCCAAUAUCUCUCUCACUAGUUGUUGUUCAAAAGAAGAAUAAGAGAUCUGGCCUACAGAGAUUGGCUUGUAAUAUUGGGAUUCCAGCAGAGCAAUCUGAAAAUGAUAGUGAAGAAGUUGGGUCUGAAGUUUGGGAAGGUUUCAAGCAAUCUGUCCCUACCAUUCAAUUCAAAGACAUAACAAGUUUUGAGAACUUCAAAAUUUUGGUGGAUGGCUUGGUUAUAGAUUCAGAGCUCUCUGAAGAUAUUCGCAUUAAAUACUACAAGCUGUGCUGUAGUCAAAAUUCUUUCCUUCAUGAAAAUAUUAUCCAGGGUAUAAAUUUUAAAUUGAUAGUUGGAACUAUUUUGGAGACUGUCAAUAUUUCUGAUGCAAUAAGAGCUUGCAAGCUUACAACAUCUCGGGAUGAAUUUGAUGGUUGGGAUAAGACCUUGAAAGCUUUUGAGCUGUUGGGCAUGAAUGUUGGAUUCUUACUAACUCGACUACGCCGGCUUGUAAACCUUGCGUUUGAAUCAGCAGGUGCUGCUGACACGAGGAGGUACAUUGAAGCUCAAACAGAACAAGCUCAGACACAGGAUGAGAUAAGAAAUCUUGAAGCAAAACUUGCUGAGUUGAAGGGUGCCUGUAAAACUUUUGGAGUCGAAAUUGAGAGUUUGCAAUCUAAAGCAGAAACCUAUAAGCUCAGAUUCGAGGAAGAAGUUAAGGCUCCAUGGUGAGAUUGCCUUUAAGAUGUACCGAUGGUUCAUAUCUGCAGCUAUUUUGUUGCCCUUAUGCAUAAUCUCUGUGAGUCUAGCAAGAUGACAACCCUAGUUUGCAUCAAAGAUAUUGACAGGAGGUAGUACGAAAUCUGUAAACUGUAGUGAGAUUUGUAGUCACUUAGCUUUCAUUGAUUGUUGUGGUUUCUUUAUUACUUGUUUUUUCUGAAGAACUUGGAUGAUUCUGUGACAUUGGAGGAUUGAUAGUCAUAGUACUGCUCGCUUGAAUGAGGCUUAAUUGCUUA